GAAAUAAAGCUUUACCAAAGUUUCCUGUUCAAUGCUUUACCAAAGUUUCCUUUGCUUCUCUUUCGUUGUCUUCUUUAUUUUGUCUGAAAAUAUUCCCCAUCUCGUCCGGCUACAUCUCCUCCUGUCAGGUUGAAGGUUAUUAUGUUUUCUGGAUAUAUUCUGAAUAGGGCUUGUGAUCUUUUCGGGUGUUCUGGUAGCAGUGUUUUCUCUGAAAGAUUCCAUUUCAAGUGUCCCCUUGGUUGGUAACAGCUAUGCUACCGACGGGGGCAAAAGAUACUCAACUCCGUGACAGCAACAGUCAAAAAGUCUACCCUCAACCCAUGGAAGAGACCUUGAACCAGAAUCCUGAAGCUGUGGAAGCUCUGAUAUCCAAAGUAUUUACAAACAUCUCCUCCCUCAAGUCUGCUUAUAUUCAGCUCCAAACUGCUCAUACUCCCUAUGACCCUGAAAAAAUCCAAGCUGCUGACAAACUUGUAAUAUCUGAAUUGAAGAAUCUAUCUGAACUAAAGCACUUCUACCGAGAAAACAACCCCAAGCCAGUGUGUGCUUCUCCUCAGGAUUCUCGCUUAGCUGCCGAGAUCCAAGAACAACAGAGCUUGCUGAAAACCUAUGAGGUUAUGGUAAAGAAAUUCCAGUCCGAAAUUCAGAAUAAGGAUUCUGAGAUUCAUCAGUUGCAGCAGCAAAUUGAAGAUGCAAACCAGAAGAGAGUGAAACUGGAAAAGAAUAUAAAACUUAGGGGCUUGUCUAUGAAGGAAUCUGAAGGCUUAGGAGAAGAAAAUGGAUUCUUUCCUGUGGAUUUGACCCCUGAGCUCUUCACAGCCGCUGUUGAAUCUGCUUUCAAAGCAAUUCAUGAUUUUUCAAAACCAUUGAUCAACAUGAUGAAAGCUGCUGGCUGGGACCUUGAUGCUGCCGCUGACUCGAUUGAGCCCAACGUUGUUUAUGCCAAGAGAGCUCACAAAAAAUAUGCAUUUGAGUCCCACAUUUGCCAGAGGAUGUUCAAUGGGUUUCAACAGGAGAAUUUCUCCAUUAAAUUAGAUAAUCUUACUGUCACUAAAGAGAGCUUCUUCCACCAAUAUCUGACAAUGAGGGAGAUGGAUCCGUUGGACAUGUUGGGCCAGAAUCCUGAUUCCAUAUUUGGGGAAUUUUGCAGAAGCAAGUACUUAGUGGUUGUUCAUCCAAAGAUGGAAGCUUCAUUCUUUGGAAAUUUAGACCAGCGAAAUUAUAUAAUGGGUGGUGGGCAUCCUAGGACUCCAUUUUACCAAGCCUUUCUAAAAUUAGCUAAAUCUAUUUGGCUUUUGCACAGGCUAGCUUAUUCGUUGGACCCCAAUGUGAAGGUCUUUCAAGUUAAAGGGGGAAGUGAGUUCUCAGAGGUUUAUAUGGAAAGUGUAGUGAAGAACUUGAUAAUGGAUGAAACUGAUCAGAAACCAAAGGUUGGGCUAAUGGUCAUGCCUGGCUUUUGGAUUGGUGGCAGUGUCAUUCAGAGCCGAGUUUAUCUCUCUGGAAUGAAGGUUAAUGAGUAAUCACCAUCUCUAUGCAAGUCUUUGUUCCAAUACGGCGUAUGUAUUAAUAUAGUGUGCUGUUUUUCUUUGUGAUGUGUUUUUAUUGCUGUACUUUCGAAGUUGUAUUACGACAUAAGGAGCUCUUUAUUUCUAGACCAAGUUUGUCUGUC